GAGCGGGUGACGUCAGCUCCUCGGUUUACUUGCUUUGUUUGUCCGGAGCUGUUUUGGCUUCAGACUGAGACUGAAGGGACAACCAGAAACAUAACAUUUUCUUUGUGACUGAGUCGCGCUGUGAGCUGUUGUGUUGCAUAUCAACAAGAUUAUAACUGUGUAAUAACACUAACAGAGAUGCCGUCCGACAGACCCUUCAAACAAAGGAGGACAUUUGGUAAGAAACCACCAAAGCGGUAUUGUCUGACGGGCUAAUGUUAACUGCUUGAAGGGAAAAAGCUAGCUGGUGUUAUGCCCAAAAGUGCUGCCAUUCGAGAUGUGGUACUGCUUGUUUUGUGCGCAUGCGCUUGUCCGAAGCGAGAGCGUUAUUUGACCGAUGAUAUUACUCUGUUGUAACACAAGUCUCGUUAAAUCUUAAACAUAGAUCAUGUAGUAGAGAAAGAAAUCACACUGAAUGUAUUCUUGUGAUACUAAUGAGACGAGAAAUGGUUCAUACAGCGAAUUUGUAGUGGGGGCAGAAAAUGGUCUAUUUAGAAACUUUUCACGUACAAAUUUGAAUAUAGAUAUGUCAUGAGAGAGUACCGAAACACGCCUACCUCAUUCUCACAGCACACAUACUGUUUUUUGAAGUAAAAAAUGUCGUUUUUUUGUCCUCGGCUAGGGAUUUGCUCUGCUGUAGCAUUUUGUAAGAGAGCAGCACAACUCGACGGAACACCGGCCUGCUAGCCACCUAGCUCACCUAGUUUGUUGACAGAUGAAGUAACAUGGUAUUUUUGAGUUAUUAUAGUUGUUACAAAGGUUUCACAACUGGUUGAGUCUUGCUUUAAUGGUUUAUAUUUUUACCAAUACUGAGUGUAAAUCUCGAGGCGCUAAUUUUGAGCUAAAUUUUAAUUUUAGUAGCAUUUUGAUGCUUAACAACAGUGAAAAAACAUCAUGUCCUGCUAAAUGUUACAGUAAUUUAUCCUGGUUGAUCGUUUAGUAUCUUUUAGUCUGUAUGUUGUGCUAUAUUGUUGCCAGACGAUAUUUAAAGGCCAUCUGGGUCACUGUCACAUUAGCUUUGUAAGCCUCGAAGCUAGCAGGGCCUCUGUACUCAACCAGCCAGCUUCGAGAUAACCUACCUGGACGACUUAAGCAGUAAACAUUUCAUGUUUGCUUCAAGGAAAAACAACAUGUGCUGACACAUUAUCCCAGUACACGUGUUCAGUGAUUUAUGUUGUAAUUUGAUGCUAAAAGACGGCCCCUGUACUGGUUAGGGAGGAGCCCAGACUCUGUUCAUUACAUAAUGUGGUCACACAGGGAAGUAUGGAGAUAAACAAGUGUGUCACAGAUGAAGAAAACUCAUCAGUUGAGUCACAAUGUUGGUAUAACAUCUUAAUCGUGCAAACAUUAUGCAGAGACGGUUAUAAUGUAACAUAGUGACUAGCUGGCCUUGUCCUGACCUGCUAAUCUGUGUUAUUAUGCGUUCACUGCUGUGUAUUGGUGCGCUCUCUGCCACACUGACACACAUCGCUCUGGUGUCUCACAAGAAUGAAAACCGUGCCUGGGGUGAACAGAUGGAUUAGGUUACUUGUUGGAUUAGUCAGUCGAAGAAGUCGUUAGGUUGAUAGAAAUGUUUUCUUAACAAAGGUUGGCAGGCCUACUGAGAUGAGUAUGCACACAUACGGUGUUUGCAGCUAAAACACAGGAUAAGACACUUGGGUCUAUGCUUGGGUCUUGGCCCUUAAUAUAAUAGUCCCUUUUGUGAUGGCAAAAAUUAAGGAGGCAGCCCUCCUUUUCAUCGUACUAGAGCUUUAUCAGCUGUGCAAUACAUUCAGAUCCACUCUUGCCAAAAAGCACAGUUGCCUACAUCAACUGGGGAGGAAAAAAACACCCCAAGACGAAAACAAUGGAAGCAUUCACGCUUCACUGUAGCACCUUAAAGCCCCCUGACCCUUGAACCCUGCCAGUAUCGCUGAGGAUUUUUGAAAAGGGUUAUUUUUCACUCUAGAGAAGACAGUGUGGGUUAUAAACCUAGAUCAGGGGUUGUAAAACAUCAGGAAGCUGAAGAGGGAAAUUCUACAGGUAAUAUUUAAACUCAAAUCAUAUGCAAAGUUGUGGACUCAAUGUAGACUCUGAGUCUACUACACAGAGAAAGAACACAGGGAUCUUCUUCAAACUUAAACAAUCAAUAUGUAGCACCAAUUAACCAUUAAAAUAAAAUGGUCAUUAGAACAGGGUCAUUUUUUUCCAUAAAGUAGUCUAAAAAAUAUUAUCAAGUGCUGUAAAAAACUCACAACUUUUAAUUUUAAGGAUUAUUUUAUUCCUAAUUUUUUGUGACGAUUCAAGGGCCAGCAGAGUCGGACCACCAGGACAAAAAGGGUUUUUAAUUUCACUUCAAAGUACGUGGGACUUUAGGUGUUGACAAUAAUGACUUGAACUUUGAUCCCUGGAAAGACACUCAUAGAUGCUGCAAUUGAGUUUUUCUCCUCACCUGACACUGACACUCAGGUCACUGAAUCUUCCUACCUGAUACUCAGUGUUCUUGUCCUCAAUUCAGAAUAUUCACUGUGUAUUACUCCAGUAUUCCUUGUACUCUUGACUCUUAUGGUUCAGUUUUUCUUUUUUGUUCUAACUUUUUGUCAUUUUGUGUAACCAAAAAAAGUUUGGAGUAUUUGUGAAGUGACUCAGAAUUUUAGAAGCCAGAAGAUGAGAUAAAAUGAAGAUAAUCCUGAUUCAGUCAUGAGAUUAUAAAUAGAGGCAAGAUAAAGAAAAGCAAGAGGAUGGAGGAUAGUGAGCAUGACAGGCAUCACAAAACCCGAAUAGUUCAGUUCAUAGUAUAUCAUUUUCAUAGCUGGCAAGGCAAGAAUGAUGACCUGUUUUCUCUCUUUACCUACAUGCCAGUUUUUUUUUUUGCUUUGUAAAACAAAUGAAUUCAGUGGAUGUGAGAAUACAAAGAGCGACACAAUUCAAUGAAUUUCUCUUCAACAAAGGUCUUUAAAAAAGCGAUGAAGCUUCUUUGUUCUCAGCCCUAAAAUAGAUAAAAAGAAAGUGUUUUCUUUUCUCUCUGAGUAUGAAUACAUUUGUCAUUUCUGCUGUCUGCUAGUUUUAGUGCAGGAAUCAGAGCUCUCUGUGUGGUUUCAUGUCAUCUUUGUUGGCUCACUGUUUAUGAAUUGUGUCUCUUGUUGUCCACAGCUGACCGGUGCAAAGAGGUCCAGCAGAUCCGUGAUCAGCACCCCAACAAGAUCCCUGUAAGCUGCCGUUAAAGCCGGAUUUUAUCACACCACACUUGACUGAUCUUUAAGACACUGCAGUGCAGACACUGAUAAUCUAUACUGUCUGUGAAUGAUAUCUGUGUGCCCCGGCAUGCACCCUUCAAUAGGCUGUUAUCUUUCCAGUUUCAGAGUUUAAUACACCUGUGUUCACUGAAGGGAAGAAAACAGAGGGAUGAUGUGAGUGUGUGGCAUGAAGUAGACAGCCACACUUAGGUCGAGUAACUCACUGUAUUUCAACAGCAGCCAUUGACAAUGAGCUGAGGGUGAGGAGCUCAUGCUGUGAGAAAGUUUAUUUCCUGUUGUGGAUCCAAUAAUAAAUUUUUCUGGCCUGAAAAUCUUAAUCACCCACUAAUUAACAGUGACAAUCCAGGUUUAUUUCCAGACCAAUAAUAUCAAAGUUGGGAACUAAAAUCUUCCCUUUUGUAACAUGUUUAACAACCAAAAAGAUGUGAUUGCUUUUAUCAACUUCACAGCCAAUGAUAUGCCAUGUGAAAGAAAGCUGGUAAUGUGCUUCAUCAAUGUGCUGUCUGGCCUUGUUGCCUGUUUUCUUGCUGAUCACCAGGAUGUGUUAAGUUCUUGAUUCUGAUUGGUUGAAAACCCCAUAACUAGGGCUGUUAUCAUCUGAAGAAGUUCUUGGCCAAUUAAAACCCUGGAAUUUUCGACCAAAGAUUGACUUACUCUGACGGCAAACCCUUAGUGAUGACGCAGCUAGGGGGAGCGUGGCUCGGCGGGGUGAAGCACAAGAAGGCAAUUAAACAUAAAUAUUAUAUUCAGCAAACCACUAGACAUUGAUUAACAUGGAUGCUCUUCAAUCUUCCUGUCUCCAGGAAAAAAUUAAGCCCACCAAUCAAAAUGUAGGUCGUAUCAGCAUGUAUCGACCGAUAACUCAACCAGUUGACUCAGACUUAACAGCCCUACCUGUAACAUUGGUUGUUAAUUCUGCCUAGCAACAGCAAUGCAAGGGACAACCUGAACAUUUGGGGUAGACUGGUUAUUAGCUGUGGCUGUAUAUCAGGUCAUUAAUUUGGCUAAUGAUCUGUAUCGGCAUUCUCUAUUACUGAUGGGUGAUUAAAUUAAUUGAUCCACAUGGGAGGUUACAGAACAUUUAGUGUCCUAUUUGGGAUUCACCUUAUCCUGUUGACGAUGUGAUAAAAACACCACUUAAGAGAGCAUCAAUUUGAAAAUGAUAAAAAAAAAACAGUGAGGAUAUUUUAUAAUAAUUCCCUCAGUUUUUUAGAAGAGCAGAAAACUUAAGACUGGCGGUUAAUGGCUGGAAAUAAGGAGGGGAUGAACAGACAUGAAGCAAACACAAACAUCAUGGGCUCUAAGCAAUGUCACAGAUCUGGUACAGUGAGAAAAAACGAUGACAGAAAAUUUUGAAGAAAGACGACUUAAAGUUGGUGUUAUUUUCUGCUUUCGCUAAAAUGCCAAUAAAAAAAGCAGAUGUGAAGACUCAGCAGUGAAUGGAAAUACUGUUGAAUGUGGUUUAAAACGGUAGGGCAGGAUAUUGUUGAGCUUCUCACCCUGAGUGAGUUAUUUAUGUUCAAGAAAAACAGCUGCCUUGUGAUUUAGUCAAUUCACCAUAAGCCAUGCAAGUGAGGCAGGCUACUGGGUUAGCCCUCUUACAUUACAUCACUGCUCCAUGGCCUUUCAGCUGCCAUAUAGGCACAAAUAAAGACUUCAAUUACAUUGAAUUGUAUUGAAUGGUUUCCAAUGUGGACUACAUCAGAAUACAUUUUAUCUGAUAGAUUCACUGUUGUCCUGUAUUUAUCCAAAUUGUGUGGUGCUUAAAACAGAUUUUUUUACCCAGUUUGUCACAAAUUCUUGUCACCCCUCAGAUGCACUAUAUAUAUUAAUCCCUUUAGGGGGAUUUUUAAAAAAGUUUCCAGUCAGUCAAUUAUAUUGUAAUGUCAGAUUUUACAACAGUCUUGCAAUUCAUCAAUUACAGAAGAAUCACCGACUGUAUCAUUAUAUUAUCUCUGUCAGGUAUCACAUGGUAUGAUUCUCACCGCUAACACAUUUACUCAUAUUUACAAUUAUCAAUCAGGGCUUUACUUUCAUUCAAUAAAGAGAGUUUGUUUUUACUAGUAAGCUUUAGUCAGUAAUAAAGCCUGACUUAUCCUCCCUCCAUAUGCUGAAAAAAUCUAACACUAAUAAAUAAUGACCUCCACUAAUAAAGCUAAUGCCAGUUAGCUUAGCUUCGCAUAAAGACUGGGAAACUGAAGCAGGCCUGUUCAGAAGUUACAUAAUCCACCUACUGGUUGAAAAACGUAAUUGAUUAAACGUGUUUUAUCUUAUGUGUUUAAUCAAAGUGUCAACAUGUCAGGAACUUGCUGCCCCCAACAGAACACAUUACACCAGCCUCUUCUGACUUUUAGAGGUCGAUCACUCCGUUUUACAGAUAGCAUAACACACAUAUGACAUUCUCACAAUCAUAAGAGAUGAGAAAUGACCUUGCUGGAUGCUACAGUCCAUGAAUCAGACACAUGUAUAAUAGUUUUUGUAUUGUCUGUUUUAGGUGAUCAUUGAGAGGUAUAAGGGGGAGAAGCAGCUGCCAGUUCUGGACAAGACCAAGUUCCUGGUACCCGACCAUGUCAACAUGAGUGAGCUGGUGAAGAUCAUCAGGUAAACACAACAAACAGGCGUUUUUUUUUUUUGGUUGCUGAAUUGGGUAUCAGUUUGAGGUUGAGGUCAUUUAGGUGUAUGUUUGGCAUGUGUGUGUAUAUUUGGAGCUGUCUGUUUGAAUGCACGGGUGCUGGUGGUGUUGGACAUGGUAGAAGUGUAACAUGAAGUGUGUGUAUGUGUGCGUCUUUAUUUGGCAGCUUGCUGAGGUUGUGGUUUGCCCGUUUGUUUACAAUCAAUGCUGUGUCAAAGAGGGGGUGAGAAACAGGGGGCCAUAAUAGAGUCAGCUGCAGAAUUAUAAGACAGUAGAUCAAGAUUUGACAGCCCUGCAGUGCAGAAGGACCAUAAUAUAUCCGACAGAUUCGAUAGGGUUGUUCAUAAUUAUCAGCCUUACAUGCUGAGGCAGAAUUUCAAAAGCAGCUAUUUCAUGAUGUAAAGUCAAUUUGUGGGAGAAUCAUUCCGUCUUAAUGCAUUAAAAAUCAGUCAGCAUGUCGAAGAUCUCUCCGCAGAACUAAGAUAUGUUCAAGAGCCAAAAGGAAAAGAGCUGAGGGAGGGAAGAGGAAGGGAAACCUGAGAGAAGUGAGCUGACAGCAGGAAAGUUUUUAGAUUUCUCUGAACACAAACACAUUGACUCAAAGUUAGAUAAUGAACAUAAGAAAUCAAAAAAUAACUGACAUAUGAAAUCAAGCUUCUUGUGUAAAUGUGGAACACUUCACGCAUGCAAGGUAUUAGCAAGUUGUCGUCUGCAAUCACACAGCAGAUUAACUAGUCAUCUGCAUCACCCCCCUUCCACAACAAAUAGAUUCCUGUCCUGUGGGAAAUACUGAGCGUAAUUGAUAAAAUAAGAGUAUAUAGAAAAACUGAAGCAACGAUUGAAUAAACUAAAGAGCAAAUUUGUUGAUUUUAUUUUUUGAAAGAAAGUGACAAACUUCUUCCCUUGUUUCAGCUUCUCAAAUGUGACGUCUGGCUUUCUUAAGCUUUUAUCUGUCCACUUUAAAUACAGUGAAAACUCAUCUGACAGUUGUUUUUGUAUUUUAGUGACAUCAUUAUGUAAGAUGACUUUGAACCACAUAAAUCCAGAGAGGGAAACACUGUGAAACAGUUUUAAGUGGAAAGGGGUGCAAUUGUUUCUUAAAAAACCUAAACUAAUAAAGUUCAUAGACAAAAAUCAUCACUGAGACUAAAAGCAAAAGUGCACAAUGUUUAAAACGUGAAUCUCUACACAGCGGUCGACGUCUCCAUGCGCAAACCUUAAACAAAAAGCCACUCUAUAGCCACAAAUAAUGUGCAGAACAGCACCUUACUUCAUCAACAGUACAUAUAGGGCCCAGCCAUAGUACUAGCCAUCAAACAUCUUUUUAGCUUUGCCUGAUUUCUUUAGCAAAGAGACCAAACACAACUCACCCACUCUCCUCCAGCCGCCGCUUGUUUGUGGGGGAACACUGACGAGUCGAUCACCGAGUGCAGCGGAUCAUUUCCUUGAAGUAAUAAUCAUCAUAAUAAUCAUUUUGCACUGCAGACGCUAUAGUUCUUUUGCCUUAGCGUCUUGGUCUGAUUUCAUUUCCAUGAAGUAAUGAUCAUAAAUGUUCUUCCUUGAGCUGCGAAACUCCGCUGCACUCGCUGCACAACUUGUGACAAAAAGAAGUAACUAAAAAGUUUCAGACGCAUGUAUUUAUAUCUCUCUGUCUCUGUUCUGUCUCCAAGGCGUCGUCUGCAGCUGAACCCCACUCAGGCUUUCUUCCUGCUGGUGAACCAGCACAGCAUGGUGUCGGUGUCCACCCCUAUCUCUGAGAUCUAUGAGCAGGAGAGAGACGAAGACGGCUUCCUCUACAUGGUCUACGCCUCGCAGGAGACCUUCGGCUGCUAGGGAGGGCGAGGGCAAGGGAGAGCGGGACAUCUUCAGGUGCAGGGAGGAUGGGGAGAGGGUAGAAAGGGGAGCGUGUAUGAGGGGAAGAAGGGGGUAUGUGGUGCCAGAACCCGACCAGAAACCACCAACUCCAUGAUCCUCUCCACUUUGUUGCAUUGCAGGCCCACGUAGCAGCACCUCCCUUUAGUCAGUCAGUCAGUCAGUGUUCAUGUGACAGACACCCCCUUUGUCCCCCUCUCUCUGUCAUACUAGAGCACCCUCUUCAUUUUGGUCAGUAAAUGCAACACUAGCUACAGAAACCAGAGGACGUGAGCGUCUCUCCUGCCCUCAGAGUUCAUUGUACCUGUGAUAUCUGAGAGUUUCUACUUUUCUUUUCUCUCUUAUCCCACACAUAAAAGGUGGGAAGAAAACAACCAAUGAAUCUGAAGUUUGGAGUCCGGGAGUUAAACCGAUUGAAUCCUUAAAAUCUGACACAGACAAAGUAAACACUAAGCCAGGCAGUUGCUUGGAAGAGUCAAGGAAGUAAUUUGAAGCCCAGCUGAUGAAGUUGAAGACCUCCUUAAAACACAGCAGGGUUCAGCUCGAUCCAGUAAUUAGCUGUGUUAGCCCAUAUUCUCUUUAAGCGGUAGUACGAGCUAGAUGGUAGAUUCUUAAAGUUGUGGUUUUACUUUUUAACUUUUUUUUUUUUUAACUCACAUUGUAGAAUUUUUUAAUUCUUGUCUUUUGUUUGAAAUAUUAGCUGUAGUUUAGUUUGUGUUGUAAAGCGAGUUCUGGGUUUGUUUUAAUCAUACAUUUACCGUCAGCCUGAAGCUCAACUGGCCAACUCGCCACCGGCAGCAGAGUCGCUGACAAUCAGGCUAACCAUGACUGUAAUACCGGUAAAUUAGAAACAUUUACAAGUGCAAUAUUUUCCUGUCACACCCUUAAGAGGUUUCCCCCCUGUCAACUACUGUAAUUUACUAACCGUCAAUCACAGAAGGGAAUUUAGCAUUAGCGCCUUUAGCCACACGCUGCUACACACCGUCAGGCAUGUUAACAGACUGAAGACUUUCUCCACCCCCGUUUGCACAGCACACCUGUAACAUCACUACUCACCUGUCUUCCUGAUCUGCACAAAAUCAUCACACACACUCUAAUCACACACAAACUUAAAGUCACAACUGACCAAUCAGGUGCAGAAGAGUCGGAUGUCUAUCCGAUCGCAGAACCACAAAGGAUGCACUCUGCAUCACUAAGUUGCAAAGUUAAAUUCUUGCUUGCUCUCAUGUUUCAGAUUGUUUCUUAGAGUGAAAGCUGCGAAUUCAAGAUAUGGAAGUAAUCAGAAGCAAGCAGUAAUCUAGCUUCAAACUGACACUUGGAUUAGCAGCAUACGCAGAGAAACAAAGGGUCACAAGCGAUUAGCAUGAUUACAGAAGACGAUGUUUGGACACACUGUGUGAUUUUACUUGGAUAAUGCAGCAAAAUGCCAAUAAAAAUGAUCCCAUUUUAAACACGAAGCAGAGCUGACACGGCCUGUGCUGGGCAGCAGUGGAAGCCAGGAAGUAAUCAGAUCCCAGGAAGCUUUUCAGAUGAGGUGAGGUGAAUCAGGCCCCGCUUUAAUAUCAUUUUCUCCUCUGAGGACAGCUUGUAAGAACGCUGAGUGUGUUAUGGUAGCAUAGAAUCGAGCAUUAGACAAAGUUCAAUGUAUUUAAUGUUGGAAAUGAAUGAGCUUCUUUUGCACAUAAAUUAAUACAAAUAUAAAAAAGAGUUGGCAUAGACUUUUUUUAGGAUUACUGUAUCUAUAUAACAAUUCUCUCUUCUUUUUGUAUCUGCUCCUCUUCUCUAGAGCUCCUCUGCUCUCUCUCUCUCUGUACGUUUGUCCGUCUGCCUUUGUUUAAUAAGACUUUAUAGACGAAAAAAGGUUGGGAUGCACUACAAACCUUGCAUGUUUUGACUUUUUUUAUAAAUGUAUAUUGAUUUUACGCAUUAGAUAUAAUUGUACUGUUUUCAUUUAGAAGUCUUUUUAGAUGUUUCCCAAACCAAAAACUGAAAAUGUGUAUGUGUAUGUUUGAAACAAACAACAAAAAAACUGUGUGCGUAUAAACGAUCAUAUAAUCGAGCUAUAUUACAAAGUGUGUUUUUCUUUAGGCUUUCUGACAUGGUCACUGUUUGGAGGGGUGUAUAUAGACGCAUUGCUACAACCUUAUUCAAAGCAUUUGCCAAUAAAUAAAAAAAAAAGUUGCCUUUAAAAA